UUCAAGAUGGCUUCCCAAAGAGGAAAGAAGUCAUUUGUCGAUGAUGAUGAAUCCUAUUGGUCAGCGACGCAAUUCAAAGGAGGGUUUGAUUUUAGCGAUGAAGUGGAUGUGACUGAUUGGGAUAAGAAGGUGUUUUCUCCGAAGACAGUAAAGGAAGACACAGAUAUACCUGUCAUCAACUGGGAUGAAUCUAGACCAGCAGUUCCAUCUGCUAGAUACAAGGUACCAACUAAACCUGCUCCUGUUCUUCAGAAAUCUGGCCACAACCGCAGUGCCUCAGACACAACAAGAGUUCCAGCCAGCCAGUCUCUUCCCUCCGUGAGGGAUCCCCCUCGUCCUAGAGCACCUGCUGCUGAUGAGCCUGUGACAUACUGGAACAUCGAGAAACCACUCAAGGUUGCCAAAGAAGACAGGUUUACAAAGAUUCCUCCAGAAGACAUGGUCAGGCGAAUGAUCUUGGGUUACUCCUACACCUUAGAACAAUAUAAAUCACUAGAAGAGAAGCUGGCAUUUCUUGAUGCUGCCGUCAGACUUGGUGAUGGCGAUACCAUUACUGCGGGUGUUCUGUUCCUACGCGCCACUGUCAAGAAGUCCAUAUUUAACCGGGAAGUAGUGUCACGACCGGUAGCAGUCGAUCACUUUCUACAAUACUUAAAACAACAUAACGAUUUUGGCGAUCUUGCUGACAUGCUCAGUAUGUUGGGAAGAACGGAAGAAGCUGCGAUGUUGAAGUACCGACAAGCAGUACUCGUCAAUAACCCACAGACGAAAACCAAAGCCAUUCAAAAUUGCCACAGGACACAUCUCCAGAAUGAGUAUUCAUUGCAACCUGAAAGUGGCCUGGUCCAAGAACACAUCUCACUUCUAGAAAUACAGCUGCCUAUUGAGGAUGCAGAUGCACGAGGAGAGAAGGAUGGUUCCAUCCCAAUCUUCAAAGAAUAUCCACGAGUCUGUUCCAUCAUCAACAGGCCAUUGAUUAACACGUUAUUCUACUGUUGUUUUUAUCACUAUGGGCUUGGAGAGAAUUCAUUAGCAAGCACAGUGGCAAUGAAGAAAAGACAUAAUAUAGGUGAUAAGCAAUACCUGUGGUGUGCCCUAAGAGCCAGAGCCAAGUUAAAAUGUUGGACGGACUUUGAAGCUUUACUUACAACGAAGGGAUGGUUUGGUGCAAGCAAGAUGAAAUCUCCUAUAGGAUUCGAUAAAAUUGUGGAAAUAUUAUCAAAGGUCACAUGUCCAAAGGAUAUACUGGUGAAGUACUUACGAUUGGUCGACGAUGAAGAAAAGCGCUUGGGACUUGCGACGAAGUUAAAAUGUCAUGAGAUAGUAGUCGAUACGUUCGUCAGCAUGAAGGAUCGAGCGAGGCUGGAAUCUUACAAAGCAAAGGUCCUGGAACUUCAUACAACGGAGUAUUUCUAUGCAGAUGAUAACUUAAGGAAUCCAAAUAUCAAAUGGAAAAACUAAGGAGUAGAGGCUGCUAUAAACUCAAAUGGAGUGCCACUGAUACUUGUUGAGAUAGUGUAAUGGAAAACACAUAUUUUCUCUAACUGGAGGUCAGUGACAUUGUUUAUCAAAUCGGGACCAAUGUCUGGACAAUUCCUCAUACCAAUUGCCGUGUUUAUUACUCUUUCUCAAUGUAUUUUGACACUUCUCAAUCCAAAGGAUAAGAAUCGAUUAACUUUCAAGUUAAUUUUCUGUUUUGUAUGUUUAAUGUUAACUUUGUCAUUCAUCAUGGUACCAUUGACUGAUAUGAAUAAAGACAGCAAAUGCUUUUAUCUAAAACUCCACGUACAUUUACACUCGGGCUUUCUGUGCAAAAUUGAAGUAAAAGCAUUUGAUUGUCUUUAUUUCUAUCACCCAUUGACUCUUAUAACCCAAACAUCAGCCUCAUUGGCAGGUGUGUGAUAUUCCUAGUCAUGAUGUGGCUUCAAUAAUAUGACUUAUCUUCUAAAUGUACAUGUACAUUUCUCUGUGAGUGCUAUUAGGAUUUGCCGAUUGUUACUGCAUUGCCAAUCAUGUGAUUUCAAAUUAUAUUGUUGCGAUAUGGAUUAAAUAGUUGAAUUAAUGAGUCCGAGGUAUGUUUGCCAAAAUACUUUUGCUGGUUUUACAGACACUGCUUGAUAUGUGAUACACUUAUUAGAUGGAUGUAUAUUUAUUUACUAUGAAUUGUGUGUUAAGUGUCCUUUAAAACUAUGAGUAAAUCUGUAAAAUGUGUUGCUUUCUCCCAAAACAUCCCUGGAUUGAAGUGACCAGUUGGCCAAGCUAGAAUGCCUGAAUGGCCAUUGAGAAUUUCAAGUUCUAAUACACUUAAUGAAAACCAUCUUGCAUGUACUACAAUGUACAGAUUUGUUUAUCUAUAUGUAUAUUGAUGUAUGUUUGUAAAUCUUUUUUUUUUUUCAGAAAUAAAUAUGUAAU